AUUAGAAAUUAGAAAGGGAAAGCAAAAUGGCGGGAUAAUCAAAACACAAACCCUAUAUUAUAAACCCUAAACCGAAUCGUGAAAUUUGAAAUUUCUCUUCAAUCGCACCUCAUUUCAAUCUCGAAGAAUCAUCACACCAUGAACACGAGCCAGUUCGACGGUAACGCAGCAUUCGCCGGCGGCGGAUUCAUGCCUUCUCAGACCACUCAGGGAGCUAACUCUCCCUUCACUCCCUCCAAGAUUCGUGAUAGUCAGACAUUGCUUCCUUUGACGAUAAAGCAGGCCAAUGAUGCUUUUCAGUCAAGCGAUGGUUCCAAUCUUACUAUUGAUGGUGUCGAUGUUAACACUGUUACUUUUGUAGGUAGGGUGUGCAACAAAGUUGAUCAAAUUACUGAUUCUAAAUUUGUACUUGAUGAUGGUACAGGAACGAUUGAGUGCAUUAAAUGGAUUGAUGAUCCUGUAGAUUCAAAUGAAGUGGAUGGUAUCUUGAAUGGAAUGUAUGUGCGACUAUAUGGACAAUUUAAAGGUUUGCAGGGUAAAAAAUGCAUAAAUGUUUAUUCUUUAAGGCCCGUGACUGACUUCGAUGAGAUUGCCAACCAUUUCAUUAAUUGCAUAUAUGUUCAUCUAUAUAAUUCGAGGUUACAGCGUAUCCAAGCUAGCAUCCCCAAUCAGCAACAUGUUCCCAGUUUGACACAAAUCACCCCCACAAAAGGUUAUCAAGCUCAAGCCGUAGCAGCAAAUCAAUUCUCUGGUCAGCAUAAUAAUGGUCAGAAGACUGUUGAAGAUAUGGUGUUAGAUGUUUUGCAUCUUCCCGCAAACAGGACAAGGACUGAGGGGUGCCCUCUUGAAUCUAUUGCACAGCAUCUUGGACUUCCUUCGGAUAAAAUCAUGCUGGCUAUUCAUAAUCUUACCCAAGAAGGUAUGAUUUAUGAAGGUCUAACUAAUCACUAUAAGUCAACUGUGAACGGUUGACAUCUCAACAGCAGAUGCACACCAGUGAUUCUCUAUAUGUGGACAUAAGGAAAAGCAGUAGAUCUGAUAGAUUAUUAAAAACUCGUUUUCCUAGAUUGUUAAUGAAGUGCUUCUAUUGCGUAAUGGGAGUUUUCUUACAUUGCGAAAGAUUACUCACUUUUAAGGGCUUAUUGUUAAUGAAGAACUUGUUUGAAUUUA